CCACAAUCUCGAUAAUGGCCAGCACAUCCGCUCAUGGGUAGCCUUACACUUCACACUCCAAUAUUAGCCCUCUAAAUCAACCAUCCAGCGGUGAUGCGUGUUAUAAUUUAUCAGAAACGCCCUCCUUUCUACUAGUUAAAUUUCUGAUCCUUCUUCCCAUCAUACUAAGCCGCCCUUUCGUUCGUUCUACCAAACACUAUAGUCUGGUUCUUUUGUCUCUUCUUCACUCGUCUCUAUUCGACCCCAGUGUUCUCUGCUCGUCAUGCCGGAACAGUCCGUUCUCAUUACCGGGUGCAGUGACGAUGGCAUUGGCUACGGGCUCGCGCUGACCUUCCAGCAACGAGGCUACCGCGUCUUUGCCACCACGCGUGACAUCAGGAAGAUGUCCAAGCUGCAAGGCCUCCCAAAUGUCACCCUCCUGACGCUAGACGUGAAGGAAACUGAUCAGAUUGCUGCAGCUGCCAAGGUGGUCAGCGAUCAAACGGGAGGCACCCUGGACUACCUCAUCAACAAUGCAGGCCGCAACCAUUUCAUGCCCAUUCUGGACGAAGACCUGAACGCCACCCGCGCUAUUUUCGACACUAAUGUUUGGGGACCAGUGGCAGUCACCCAGGCCUUUGCACCAUUACUCAUCAAAGCCAAGGGCCAGAUUGUUUUCAUCACCUCCAUUUCGGGCUAUAUCAAUGUUCCAUGGAUGGGAAGCUACGCUGCCUCUAAGCGAUCCAUCGAGAUUAUCGCCGAGACCCUUCGUCUGGAGCUUAGGCCUUUCAAUGUUGGCGUCUUGUCCGUCGUGACGGGAGCUGUGAAAACGCAGGGUCAAACCUAUUUUGGAGAUUUCAAAUUGCCCGCCGAUUCCUCAUACCACUCAAUCGAGGACACCAUUGCAUCUCGGGCGCAGGGCAUCGAUGGCUCGACCCGGAUGGACCUGAUGACCUAUAGCGAUCAAGUCGUCACUAAGAUUACCACGGGCGCCACUGGUAAAUUCUGGUGUGGUGAUAAUGCCAGUGCUGUCAAAUUUGGCUCCAACUACCUGCCAACAUCCUUCAUGGACAGUGGUCUCGUCAAGGGUACUGGGCUGGAUAAGAUGUAAACACUGUAUAUCGUUGGAGGUACAAGUACAGGGGUAGUUUGCAGAAGGAAACCAACAAAAUCUAGAAUUCAUUGGCUAGUCUUCGGACUACUUGAUCUAAUAUAGUCUCUAGAUACUCCUCGGCGUUAAAGCUCUGGACAAUACCUAUUUUAUUGAUAGCAUA